GGCUGCAAGACUGCAAUUUGCGCCUUCGAAGGGAAAGGAAGCAUCCACGCUUCCGAGAGAGCGACGGGAUACUUUUCUAGUUAUGCUACGCCGACCAUACAUGCCUGGCUCCGGUCUGCGGCUUUGCCGGGCCUGCGAGUUGGCUUCCGGACAGCAAUGGGCUCAGCCUGCCAAGCGCCCGUUCGUGGCUCUGCAUGUUAGCAGACACUCCGUCUCGCCGAUCACCGCUCGCUCUAUCACAACCUCGGCACCAUGUCGAAAAGCGAAAAGAUCACAGAGCUCGCAAAACACGGAAAACUCACCCAGUAGGUUUGGCAGGACGGGCGGAUCGGCGACCUACCAACCCCCGAGUCUGGACCCGGCAGCGGUUCUUGCUGCUGUCGACCGCGUCCUGAAAGCCUUCCUGGCCCCAUCUGGCAUCCAAUCCGAGGAGUUGACCCUGUGGGCUCUGCAGGCCCUGGCAAAGACCGAUGUGAGGUCGACGCCAGACGCAGGGGAGCAUCGGUCUGAAGACGCGGCUGCAGAGACUCGGAGACCGGCCUCGCAACUGUUGGGACUGGGCGGCGUGGCUCCUACAGCCGGUGAUGUGGCCGGGCCCCAGAGGAGUCAAUCUCCGCGUUCGCAGGACCUGAUCGACAAGGUCUCAGAUGCGGCAUAUACGAUUGUUAGCCAACCGACAGUUGUCAUCACUCGGCGAGUACUCGAGGAGUACGUCCGGCUCCAGGCCCGUCUCGGAAGGCCGCAGACGUUGCCGCAGAUUCUCGCUCUUUACGCAAGCAAACCAACGCCUAAACUGGAAUCUGGGGGCUCCAUUCGAUACGUCGAGCGCAAUCCCAGCAAGGCAGACAGCGCGGUUCACCCUGCUGUCGCCGACAUGGCCCUGGAUGCGGCAAUCGAGGCUAAAGACCUGGAGGCUGCCAUCGGGAUACUGGAAAACACCUAUUCGUCCAGUGCGUUUCUGAGGUCGAAGCUCAUCCAAAAAGCACUACUUCCGGGGGUCGCUGUUGCUGGUACCCCCGUGGCCCUUUACUACGCCGCUACCGAGCUAGCGCAGCUGCAGCAUGCACUGGAACCCAGAAUCGCGACCGGUAUGGCAUUCGCAGGCGCUCUCUGCUACGUGGGCUUCACAGCCUCCAUCGGGCUAGUCGCCCACUUCACAGCAAACGACCAGAUGAAGCGGGUUACCUGGGCAUCCGGCACACCGCUGCGGCACCGGUGGCUCUACGAAGAGGAGCGGGCCGCUCUUGACAAAAUCGCUUGCGCCUUCGGCUUCUCCGAGGAACACCGCUACGGCGAAGAGGAAGGGGAGGAUUUCAUGUGGCUCCGAGAAUAUAUACUGAGCAGGUCCAUGAUUCUCGACGCGGUCGAUCUCAUGCCCGGCAUGAACUAAAUGAAUCACGGCAGGGUUACUUGCUCGGCAU